UCUCUUGUAAGAAUGACUUCUCCACCUUCACAGAAGCGAUCCUUGAAUUCUCAUCUUGAUACUCCAACGCGUGCUCGAUUUUUCCAGGCUAUUGAUCAACGUGGAGAUAAGACUAAGCGUGACAUCUACCGCGAGUUCAACAUUCCACAUACCACCGCAUACCGCCUCCUUCAGCAGCGCAGUAAAUAUGGAAAACUCGCUGAUCGCCGCUCAAAACUCCGAGAAUACAAAAAAGAGCAUGGAGGCAUUGGCUCUGGCCGGCCGCGAAAG